AUGGCAGCCACAACCAAGACCAGAAAUUACGUGCCUGUGCUUCUGCUCAAAACUAAAUCACAGCCAGAGGAUACAUAUGAAGAGUGUUUUCAAAGAAAAGGAAGUACGGCUGAUAGCAGCGACACGGCCUCGUCUGAGCAGUCUCUAACUUUCGAACCUCAUUUCGUUCCUGUUUUGGAACAUGCGCGACACACAUCCACCUUAGGCCACCUUAAGAAUCUGCUUCAGACAGGAGAACUGAAGCAGAAAUAUGGGGGAAUGGUAUUUACAUCACAGCGCGCUGUGGAGGCAUGGACUGAGGUUGUGGACGAUGUUGAGGCAGACGAUAGUGCUUUUCAGAAUCGAGGAUCAACAAGCCACGGAGCAGCGAAAGACGCUUCAGCACAUGAUCCUUUUGCUAGUCUUGAAUCACUAACUCCGUUCCCACUGUACGUCGUUGGUCCUGCAACGGAACGUGCUUUGCAGUCGCUGACUGAACGCUACGAUCAUGCAGCGACAGAAGCAAAUGCUAAAACAAUAUAUGCUCACCUUAACACUUCAAUCCAUGGUGCUCAUACAGGAAACGGAGCAAAUCUUGCCUCAUACAUAUUAGGACAUUACAACCAGUUUCAUCGUGAGCACUGGUUCAACUAUUUCGAGGCGCCGAGGUUGCCUUUCAUACCAUUACUGGGGAUGAGUAGCGAAAAUUAUGGGCGCAAGAGGUUAGACGGUAAUGAUCCGCGAUUGACGAAGAAACCACUACUAUUUCUUGUUGGCGAGCAAAGGAGAGACAUCAUCCCGAAGACACUGCAGGAGCAUGCCGAAGGGGCUGACAAGAUUGUAGUUGAUGAAGUCGAGGUGUACAGGACCGAGAUCAUGCCAAGUUUCGAUUCCGACCUCAAGAAUAGUAUCGAGCGCCUCGACCAAGAUCAAAGCGACGAUAUCAGAGCUGUAGUGGUGUUCAGUCCUCAAGGCAGCGAUGUCAUGUUGCGAAGGAUUGGUUAUCUCGACAGCAAUGACAGGCCCGCAGAAAGAGCGAAGCGGAGAGAGUGGAAACAAGGCAAGACGGGCUCCGAGUCGCCGAGAUGGUUGUUGGUUGCUAUCGGUCCUACCACCAGAGACUACCUGAGAGAUAAGCUUGGGGUCGAGCCUGAUGUUUGCGCACAAAAGCCUAAUCCCGAGAGCCUGCGUGAAGGGAUUGAGACUUUUCUGAAAGAGAUGUGCUCGUGA